AUGGCCACGAUGGAAGGAUCUAGCGGGUCGAGCUUUGGAAUAGACACGAUUUUGUCUAAUAACGGUUCCGGCAGCCCCGGCAUGAUGAACGGAGACUUUCGCCAGCUAAACAGCGAUGCCAGGACAGCGGAUUUUAGAAACCAGGCCACCCCGUCCCCUUGUUCGGAGAUAGACACAGUAGGGACGGCUCCUUCGUCCCCCAUCUCAGUCACCAUGGAGCACCCCGAGCAGCAUCUGGUGCAAGAGCAUCACCAUCUCCAUCACAGCCAGCAGCAGCAGCAACAAAGUUUGCAGCAAUCACCCCAACAGCAACAACAGUUGGGCUCGGGCAACUCUGCCCCCAGGACUUCCACCUCUUCUUUUUUAAUUAAAGACAUUUUGGGCGACAGCAAACCGCUGGCGGCUUGUGCACCUUACAGCACCAGUGUCUCCUCUCCCCAUCACACCCCAAAACAAGAGGGCAACGCAGCCAACGAGAGCUUCAGGCCAAAACUAGAGCAGGAGGACAGCAAAACCAAACUAGACAAACGAGACGAUACGCAGAAUGAUCUCAAAUGCCACGGGACGAAAGAAGAAGGCGACCGGGAGAUUACAAGUAGCCGGGAUAGCCCCCCAGUCCGAGCAAAGAAACCUCGGAAGGCGAGGACGGCCUUUUCGGACCAUCAGCUCAAUCAGCUGGAGAGGAGCUUUGAGCGGCAGAAGUAUUUGAGCGUGCAAGACCGCAUGGACCUUGCUGCGGCUCUCAACCUGACCGACACGCAAGUCAAAACCUGGUACCAGAACCGGAGGACGAAGUGGAAGCGGCAGACGGCGGUGGGACUGGAGCUGCUGGCCGAAGCUGGGAAUUAUUCUGCUCUCCAGAGGAUGUUCCCCUCUCCCUAUUUCUACCACCCGAGCUUGCUGGGCAGCAUGGACAGCACGACAGCGGCUGCAGCGGCGGCGGCCAUGUACAGCAGCAUGUACCGGACUCCCCCAGCUCCACACCCUCAGCUCCAGCGGCCCCUGGUGCCCCGCGUGCUCAUCCACGGCCUGGGGCCCGGGGGUCAGCCCGCGCUCAACCCCUUGGCCAAUCCUAUCCCGGGUACCCCGCACCCCCGGUGA